AUGUCAACGGACAAUGACGGUUGGAGUCCAGAGCGUGAAAGCACGGUCGGCACCAAACUUCUACAAAAGGCACAGAAGAGUCCUUUGGUGCCAGUUGGCAUGGUGGGGUUUGUGGUUGUAGCCGCUUACGGCCUUUACCGAAUGAAGGAAAGAGGGAACAUGAAGAUGUCCGUCCACUUAAUUCACACUCGGGUGGCAGCCCAGGCUUGUCUGGUUGGAGCAGUAACCCUCGGUGCUGUCUACAGCAUGUACAAGGACCACUUCAUGAAACAGCCCCCAGCUGGACCACAGAAAUAG